AUGGGGGGGAUAGACCGGCGGCGGAGAGUAUCUCUGGCUAUUACGUUGAACUUCCUCGCGCUGAUUCUAGCCGUUGUCGCGCUGACUACAAGCUACUGGUGCGAGGGGACACGGAAAGUGGCGAAACCUUUCUGUACCGGACCGGUCACCACCGCCAGACAGUCGUUCUGUAUCAGGUUCAACAGCUCGAACAUUAAUGACAGCAGACUGGUCCAGUACAUCUGGGAGACCGGCGAGGACAAGUACCUUAUGAGGAAGUUCCACACCGGGAUCUGGUUUUCGUGCGAGGAGAACGUCAAUAUGACAGGUGAAAACUGCAGAAGUUUCAUUUAUGUUGCGCCCUCACACGAAAGAGGAGUGCUGUGGCUGUGUAUCGUGGCAGAGUGUCUUUAUAUUCUCCUCCUGGCCACCGGAGGCAUCCUCAUGUCCAUAGAGGCGUGUCACUUAGGAAACGUCAUCAACGGACUCAAACUCAACGCCUUCGCUGCCAUGUUCACUGUCCUAUCAGGUCUGCUUGGCAUGGUGGCCCACAUGAUGUUUACCACAGCCUUUCAGCUGACAGUCAGUCUGGGGCCAGAGGACUGGAAGCCUCAGUCAUGGGACUACAGCUGGUCAUACAUCCUGGCGUGGAGCUCGUUCACAGCCUGCAUGGCCUCCUCAGUCACCAUCAUCAAUCGCUACACCAAGACCAUUCUGGAGUUUAAACACAAGCGCAGGAACGUCCAGAAGAACCUGAAGAUCAAGCAGAAGCUUCUGGAGCUGGACUCUGGACCAGGGCAAGUGUGGGACAUGUACAUCAGCUCAGUGCCCAACACGGCUGAGGAACUACUGGAUCUCUCCAGCAACGGCAGGAAGCUGUCCAACGCAUCAGUGUUCCUGGACUUGAACGAUCUGCCAGAUCCGAUAAGAGAGGAGUACUUCUGAGAGAGGACUAGGGGACUGACCAAGGAACACACACACACAC